AUGGGCACACAGAAAUCAAAUAUGUAAAUAAUUCAAUUAAUGUCAGUUUAAGAUUUAAAUUAGUAUACUCCUAAUUAAACUAUUAUUUUUUAUUCAAACUUUACUGUGUUUUAGAAUGAAAGUAAUUAAUCAAUUAAUUUAAUCAAUAACACUAUAUUGCCUAAUUCUAAAAAUUUCUCAUAUCCAAUGAAUUUAAUUCUUGAUAGACAAGUGGGAUAUUGUGGAUCUACAAAUUAGAAUUAAACCUAUAAUUUAAACAAACAUUGCAGUUUAACUUAAUUUUCUCAUUUGUCUAAAAGCAUUCCAAACACUCAGAAUUACUCUUUAAUCACUUCAAUAAAUAACGAAUUUUUCGCUUUGCAGAAUAACUUUUAAAUUUAAGCUGUAAAUAGUUAAUUACAGAAUUUAUCUAAUUUUUUUAGCUAUUCAAAUCUAAACUUGAGUGAAUGUUUACAAUCCACAUCAUGUAAUUAUACAUUAUAUUCAAUUUGUUAAAAUGAUAAUGCAUAGUAUUUACUAAACUUUACAUUUAACUUUCAAGGCAUUAUUGUAAAUUCUAGUACUACAUCACUUCCUUAAAACUUUUAAAAUAUUGCCAAAAUAAAUACUCUUCUAUACUAAAUUUUUAUUUUAGGUUCCUAAGUAAAUUAUUAGUAAUAAUUGUAUUGGUUUAACUAAUCUGACAGCAGCUUAAUUGAGAUAUCUGAUCCAAAUAGCGAAUGUCAAGAUUUCUCUAUUGCAUAAAUAGCUACAACAAUUAAUGCUAUUAAUUUAGAUCAAACAAUUAUUAUAUUUUAUAUUGAAUAAGGCAAUAAAUUUUAAUUAAUCUUACUUAAAUAAAUGCUAGUUUAAAGUAACAGUAUCACUUUAGAAAGUAGUUUUUUGGCCAAGAGUUAUAAUUGCGAAAAUUAAAAUUGUUCAUUUCCUCCUUCACAUGUUCAAAUUUUAUCAACUUUUUAUAAUCGAGCAAUUAUUAUUUUGAGUGAUUAUAAUAAUAAUCAAAUGAGCCAAAUAAUUGAUUUUAGAAUUAAAUAGAAUUAAUCUUUACUUAUAAAUACUAUACCGUAUUAUGGCAAUUUCAAUAAUACUGGUUAUUCUUUUUAUAAGAAUGGGGUGUUAAUGCAACAAUUUUCAUCUAAUGAAAUAAACAUUGUUGGAGCUUAUUAUUUGAAUGAUAACCUAUAUGAAAACUUAUUUGAACCCAUUUUGAUGUAAGGUUCAUUCAAUAUUACAACAAAUAAUUAUGCAAUGAUCGUAAAUUAAUAAUAUAAAAAUGGAUCAUCUCUAUACAUUUAUAAUGAUUUAAUUUAUAAUUACUCAAUAGGUACCUGGAAUAUAACAUGUCUUUUUAAUAGAAAAACAUAAAAAAAAAUUAAUGUUUCAAUAUUUUGUAAAAAUGAAUUUUCAAAUGGUACUUAUAAUAUUUCAUUCAACCCACCAAUAUUACAAUAGUCAAGUAGAAGAUGGAUAUAUGCUUUAAUUUCAAUAAUUGGUUUACUUCUUUUGUAUUUUUACAUUAAAGUGAAAAACAAGACAAGAAAUUUAGAAUAUAAUAAAUAUGAAAUCGACUUAUGA